AUGAGCUACUACGGCAGCUACUACGGAGGCCUGGGUUUCGGGUACGGAGGCUUUGGAGGCCUGGGCUCCAGCUACGGCUGCGGCUGUGGCAGCUUCCGCCCCCUGGGUUGUGGCUGUGGCUAUGGCGGCUAUGGUCUUCGUUCUGGCUAUGGCUAUGGCUCUGGGUACAGAUAUGGAUGCUGCCGCCCAUCAUGCUAUGGAGGAUCCUGGUCUUCUGGCUUUUAUUGA